AUGGCAAGAAAGAAGUUGAAAGAUUUCACGACUUUGGAGCUUAUGCUCAGUGUUCUUCUGCUUAUGGUGUUUAUCAUCACUAUUCCUCUGUUUGUGCUUUCAGCUAAAGAUUCUUUGGAAUCACAAGAUCCUGGGGCAACAGUUACCCCCGAUCCUGGGACAGCAAGUACCACCCCUGAUCCUGCUACGUGCCCAGUAGUAAGUGAAGUGGAACGGAUAAACUGCAUCCCUGACCAGCCACCAACAAAGGCCACAUGUGAUCAGCGUGGGUGCUGCUGGAGACCUCAGGGGACCAUAAGUGUGCCCUGGUGCUACUAUUCUAAAAGUCAUGGUUAUCAAAUGGAGGGUGACCUUGUCAAAACAAAUGCAGGAUUCACAGCCCAGUUGAAAAGGUUGCCUUCUCCAUCCUUAUUUGGAAAUGAUGUCAACAAUGUCCUUCUCACAGCAGAAUACCAGACAUCCAAUCGUUUCCACUUUAAGCUAACUGACCAGAGCAAGGACAGGUACGAAGUACCUCAUGAACAUGUGCAACCCUUCAAAGGAGAUGCUGCUUCUCCCUUGACCUAUGAAGUUAUGGUCUCCAAACAGCCAUUUAGCAUCAAAGUGAUCAGAAGAAGUAAUAAUCGUGUUCUGCUGGACUCAGGCAUUGGACCCCUCCUGUUUGCCGAUCAGUUCCUGCAGCUCUCCACCCGACUGCCCAGUGCUAACGUGUACGGUCUGGGAGAACAGGUGCACCCACAGUACCAGCAUGAUAUGAAGUGGAAGACCUGGUCCCUGUUUGCCAGGGACACAACCCCCAGUGGGGAUGGAACUAACUUGUAUGGUACACAGACAUUCUUCCUGUGUCUUGAAGAUGCUAGUGGAUUGUCCUUUGGAGUGUUUCUGAUGAACAGCAAUGCCAUGGAGGUUGCCUUCCAGCCCGCGCCAGCUGUCACUUACCGCACCAUCGGGGGCAUUCUCGACUUCUAUGUGUUUUUGGGAAACACUCCAGAGCAAGUUGUUCGAGAGUAUCUAGAGCUCAUUGGACGGCCAACCCUUCCCUCAUACUGGGCACUUGGAUUUCAUCUCAGUCGUUAUGAUUAUGGAACACUAGAUAGCAUGAAGGAAGUCGUGGAGAGAAACCGUGCGGCAGGGCUCCCUUAUGAUGUUCAGCAUGCCGAUAUUGAUUAUAUGGAUGAGAGGAAGGACUUCACUUAUGAUCCAGUCAAUUUUAAAGGUUUCCCUGAGUUUGUUAAGGAGUUACACAAUAACAGUCAGAAAUUGGUCAUCAUUGUGGAUCCAGCCAUCUCCAACAACUCUUCGCCCAGCAAUCCCUACGGCCCGUAUGACAGGGGUUCGGGCAUGAAGAUAUGGGUGAAUGCUUCAGAUGGGGUGACUCCACUCAUUGGGGAGGUCUGGCCUGGAAAAACUGUAUUUCCUGAUUAUACCAACCCCGAUUGUGCUGUUUGGUGGGCAAAGGAAUUUGAGCUUUUCCACAACCAAGUAGAGUUUGAUGGAAUCUGGAUUGAUAUGAAUGAAAUCUCCAACUUCGUUGAUGGUUCCGUUUCAGGAUGUUCCACGAGCAAUCUAAAUUAUCCCCCAUUCACUCCUAGAAUCCUGGAUGGGAACCUGUUCUCCAAGAGUCUCUGCAUGGACGCAGUCCAGCACUGGGGCAGGCAGUAUGACGUCCACAAUCUGUAUGGCUACUCCAUGGCAAUGGCCACGGCAGAAGCUGUCAAGACUGUGUCCCCUAAUAAGAGAAGCUUCAUUAUAACCCGUUCUACCUUUGCGGGAUCUGGCAAGUUUGCAGCCCACUGGUUAGGAGACAACGCAGCCACCUGGAAUGAUCUUCGGUGGUCUAUCCCUGGUGUGCUGGAAUUCAGCCUUUUUGGUAUCCCAAUGGUGGGUGCUAACAUAUGUGGCUUUGCACUGGAUGCCCCUGAGGAGCUCUGUAGGCGGUGGAUGCAGCUGGGGGCAUUUUAUCCAUUCUCCAGGAAUCACAAUGGCCAAGGCUACAAGGCCCAGGAUCCUGCCUCCUUUGGAGCUGACUCUCUGCUGUUGAACUCCUCCAGGCACUACCUUACCAUCCGCUACACCCUAUUACCCUACCUCUACACCCUCUUCUACCGUGCCCACAGCCGGGGGGACACAGUGGCCAGGCCCCUUCUGCAUGAGUUCUAUGGGGACAGCAGUACGUGGGAUGUGCACCAACAGUUUUUAUGGGGCCCCGGCCUCCUCAUCACUCCGGUUCUGGAUGAGGGUGCAGAGAAAGUGAUGGCGUAUAUGCCCGAUGCCAUCUGGUAUGAUUAUGAGACUGGGGCCCGAGUGAGAUGGAGGAAGCAAAGGGUGGAGAUGGAACUUCCUGGAGACAAAAUUGGACUUCACCUUCGCGGAGGCCACAUCUUCCCCACACAACAGCCAGCCACCACCACAGUGGCCAGCCGCCGGAACCCUCUUGGUCUUAUCAUUGCCCUAGAUGAUAACAAAGAAGCAAAAGGCGAACUUUUCUGGGAUGAUGGGGAAACUAAAGAUACUGUGGCCAAUCAAGUUUAUCUCUUUUGUGAAUUUUCUGCCACCCAAAACUACUUGGAUGUGAAGAUUUUGCAGUCAACUUACAAAGACCCCAAUAAUUUAGUAUUUAAAGAGAUUAAAAUUCUUGGGACCCAGGAACCUACCAAUGUUAUUGUGAAACACAAUGGUCUCCCAAGUCAAAUUUCUCCUAAUGUCACUUAUGAUUCUAACUUACAGGUUGCUCUUAUCACGGGAAUUGAUCUUAUCCUGGGAGAAGCAUACACGGUGGAGUGGGACCUGAAGAUAAGGGAUGCAGAAAAAAUAGACUGUUUCCCCGAUGAGAGUGGUGCUUCUGCAGAAAACUGUACUGCCCGUGGCUGUGCCUGGGAGGUACCCACUUCUCCUGGAGUCCCGUUUUGUUAUUUCGUCAAUGAUCUGUACUCUGUCGACAAUGUUCAGUGCGACUCACAGGGAGCCACUGCGACCAUCUCCUUAAAGUCUUCUGUCUAUGCCUCUGCUCUGCCCUCAGUACCUGUGACCUCCCUCCGUCUGCGUGUGACCUACCAUAAGAAUGACAUGCUGCAGUUUAAGAUUUAUGAUCCUAACAAUAAUCGGUAUGAAGUCCCGAUCCCUCUCAACAUACCCACAGUUCCAUCCAGCACCUCUGAGAGUCAACUCUACGAUGUCCUCAUUAAGAAGAAUCCAUUUGGGAUUGAAAUUCGUCGGAAGAGUACAGGCACUGUGAUUUGGGACUCUCAGCUCCUUGGCUUUACCUUCAACGACAUGUUCAUCCGCAUCUCCACUCGCCUUCCCUCCCAGUACAUCUAUGGCUUUGGGGAAACAGAGCACACAGCCUUUCGGAGAGACUUGAACUGGCACACAUGGGGGAUGUUUUCCAGAGACCAGCCCCCGGGGUAUAAGAAGAAUUCCUACGGAGUCCACCCCUACUACAUGGCACUGGAGGAGGAUGGAAGUGCCCAUGGGGUGCUCCUGCUAAACAGCAAUGCCAUGGAUGUGACAUUCCAGCCCCUGCCUGCCUUGACAUAUCGCACCAUAGGAGGAAUUCUGGACUUUUAUGUGUUCUUGGGGCCAACUCCAGAGCUUGUCACUCAGCAGUAUACUGAGCUGAUUGGUCGGCCAGUGAUGGUUCCUUACUGGUCCUUGGGGUUUCAGCUGUGUCGCUACGGAUACCAGAACGACUCUGAGAUUGCCAGCUUGUAUGAUGAGAUGGUGGCUGCCCAGAUCCCUUAUGAUGUGCAGUACUCGGAUAUCGACUACAUGGAGCGGGAGCUGGACUUCACCCUCAGCCCCAAGUUCAUGGGAUUUCCAGCUCUGAUUAAUCGCAUGAAGGCUGAUGGGGUGCGGGUCAUCCUCAUUCUGGACCCAGCUAUUUCUGGUAACGAGACACAGCCCUAUCCUGCAUUCACUAGGGGUGUGAAGGAUGAUGUCUUCAUCAAGACGCCAAAUGGUGGAGACAUUGUCUGGGGAAAGGUGUGGCCUGGUUUCCCUGAUGUCGUUAUAGACCAGUCUCUAGACUGGGAGACUCAAGUGGAGCUAUACCGAGCUUAUGUGGCCUUUCCCGACUUUUUCCGUAACUCAACUACCACGUGGUGGAAGAGGGAGUUGCAAGAACUCUACACCAAUCCACAGAAUCCAGAGAGAAGCUUGAAAUUUGAUGGCAUAUGGAUUGAUAUGAAUGAGCCAGCGAGUUUUGUGAAUGGAGCAGUUCCUCCAGGCUGCAAGGAUGCCACUCUGAACCACCCUCCCUAUAUGCCAUAUUUGGAGUCCAGGGACAGGGGCCUGAGCAGCAAGACCCUGUGCAUGGAGAGUGAGCAGGUCCUGCCAGAUGGCUCGCGGGUGCGGCACUACGACGUCCACAGCCUGUACGGAUGGGCCCAGGCCAGACCCACCUACGAAGCUGUGCAGGAGGUGACGGGACAGAGAGGCAUUGUCAUCACCUGCUCCACGUUCCCCUCUUCUGGCCGCUGGGGAGGCCACUGGCUGGGUGACAACACAGCUGCCUGGGACCAGCUGAAGAAGUCUAUCAUUGGCAUGAUGGAAUUCAGCCUCUUUGGCAUAUCUUAUACAGGAGCAGAUAUUUGUGGGUUCUUUCAAGAUGCUGAAUAUGAGAUGUGUAUUCGCUGGAUGCAACUGGGGGCCUUUUACCCCUUUUCGAGGAACCACAACACCAUUGGGACCAGGAGACAAGACCCUGUGUCCUGGGAUGCUGCGUUUGUGAAUAUCUCCAAAAGUGUGCUGCUGACCAGAUACACCCUGUUGCCGUAUCUCUACACCCUGAUGCACAUGGCCCACACGGAGGGCAGCACUGUCGUGCGGCCUCUUUUCCAUGAAUUUUUGUCAGACCGGGUGACCUGGGAUGUAGACGGCCAGUUUCUGCUGGGCCCAGCCUUCCUGGUCAGCCCUGUCCUGGAGCCUAAUGCCAGAAAUGUCACUGCGUAUUUCCCUAGAGCCCGCUGGUAUGAUUACUACACGGGUGUGGACAUUGGAGCAAGGGGAGAGUGGAGGUCCUUGGCGGCCCCUCUUGACCACAUUAAUCUUCAUGUCCAUGGGGGCUACAUCCUGCCCUGGCAAGAGCCCGCACAGAACACCCACUUAAGCCGUCAGAAAUUCAUAGGCUUCAAGGUUGCCUUGGAUGAUGAGGGGACUGCUAAUGGCUGGCUCUUCUGGGAUGAUGGGCAAAGCAUUGAUACUUAUGGAAAAGGACUCUAUUACCUGGCCAACUUUUCUGCCAACCAGAACAUGAUGCAGAGUCAUAUAAUUUUCAACAAAUACAUCACUGAUUCAAACCCACUGAAACUGGGCUACGUUGAGAUCUGGGGAGUGGGCAGUGUUCCCAUUUCCAGUGUCAGCAUCUCAGUGAGCAGCAUGGUGAUAACGCCAAACUUCACUAACGACCCUGUGAUACAGGUGUUAAGCAUUGACAUGACCAGCAGAGACAUCAGCCUCCAUAAUUUCAUUUCACUAACGUGGAGAAGCACUCUGUGA